AUGACCGCCAUGUCGAGCCUCAAGGACAAGAUGCCUCCAUGGCUGAGCAGUGCAAUCGGGAAGCCUCGGACGUGGAAGAAUUUCGCUAGGUGUAUGAUUGCGACACUGGCGGCCAUGGUGGUCAUGCUGGCGCAGAAGUCUCUGACAGUCCUCGGUCAAGCAGCUUUCUUCGGCCUGAUUAUGUCGCAAAUGCUUCCACCAUCAAUGGCGCUCUCGGUCUACUUUUUCGCCUUCCUCACCCUCGUUAUUGGGCUCUGUACAGGCUGGGCAUGGGGUGUCGCAGCUAUGGCAGCGGCUCUUCGAGCUCGGAGUCAGGUCUUGCUGCAACAGGAUGUGACUCGUGAGCAAGCGACCUACACCUCAGACUCGAAUCUGGACCAGCAAUUCCAGCAGUCUAUCUUCCGAGGUGCAUUCCUGGAUCCGGCCUCGUCGACAGUAUACGGGGUCUUCUUCUUCUUUGGCGCUUAUGCGUUUGGCUUUGUCCGUGCGAAGUUCCCCAGACUUACUCUCGGCGCCAUCUUUGGGACUAUCAUUCUUGACCUGAUGUGCUCUUACGGGCCUCUGUUUCCGAUUGCACAAUACACCCUCGCCAGCAAUCUCCUCCUUCCCGCAUCUGUGUUCCUGGCCAUCGCCCUCGCCAGCACCAUUCUCAUCUUCCCUCAGUCGCUCCACUCUAUUCUUCUCACCCAGCUCAACGAGCUCUGCCUCACUCCCAUCAAGGGACUGCUCGACCUCCAAACCAGCGUACUCGAUGCGUCUCCGUCCGACGAGGAGAAGUGGAGCGGUCUGGCUACCAAAGCUGCUGGACUGCGGAAAGCGCACGUCAUGGGAGCUACGGCUCUCGGAGGACAGGUGAAGCUCCUGAGUUUGGAGUUUACGCAUGGUCGAUUUGGAGCGCAGGAUUUGCAGCGGAUUGUCGAGAAGGAGAAGGUCUUGGGACAGAGGGCUUUCGGAUUGGCCACUUUCGUCAUGACACUGGACGAGCGCAACACGGCGUGGAAAAAGAUGGAAGGGGACGGGUCAACAUUGCACCCCCAGCCCCACCGGAAACGUAUGCUGGAACUGCAGGAGAAGAAUCGGCAUCCCGGUACGGCCAUCGACGACCUCAUCCCGCUUCUUCGUGAAUCCACCUCUACCCUGCGGUCUUCCGCUAGCGAGGCCAUCGAAGAGGCGAUGAACUGGCUGGACGAGGUGAAUCAUUCGCGCUGGAAAUCGGCGAAGAAGGCCACAUCCAUCUCGGCUCGGGAAGAGCGGCUGUCAGCGUUGAAGACCGAGCUGGAGCUAUACCGCUCUCAAGGUCGCCAUGCGCUUCUCGAGCCUGUCGAAACCGCUUUCGACGCGGACGGUCACAUUAUCCCCGCCAAGAUCGGUCAUCUGCGAUUCUCGACUCGCGACCUAUUCACCACGUUCCUCCUCUCCACCCACCUCACCUACUUCUGCCAAGAGCUCAUCGAGUUCCUAGAGCUCCUCCUGGAGAUCGAGCGAGAGAACCCAAAGAACAAGUGGAACUUUCCCAAAAAGGUCGCCGCGGCCGUCAAGGAGAAUGCCGGAGACCAGGGUUCCGGUGGCAAUCCGCUGGAUCUGGGGAGACAUGAUGAUCGGAGCGAAGAGACGUUGGUGGAAGCUGCCAAGCCGGGGGCUGAGAAGGAGAAGAAGCCAGCGCGCAAGUGGAAGAAAGACCCAGAUGCGUCUGAUCCAAGGAACGGAUUCCAGAGGUUUGGGCGGUCGAUACAUGUCGCUUGGCGAGCCUUGACGGGUGUGAAUGGAAUCUUUGCGCUCAAGUACGCGAUCGUCAGUAUGGCGCUAUGGGUGCCGCAGGUUAUCCAGAGUUCCGCGUACUUCACGUACACCAAUCGUGGUCUCUGGGCUUUGAUCAUGGCACAAACAGGAAUGGGUAUCUUCACCGGCGAACAGAUCUCGUCCUUCGUCUUGCGCUUUGCCGGAACAGUUCUGGGUCUCGUGCUCGGCAUGCUGGCCUGGUAUAUCGGGGCCCAGCUCGGUCCUGGGAAUCCCUAUGGUAUCGCUGCAGCCACAAUGGUCAUCAUCGCCGUGCCGCUCUUCAUACGGAUCACUGCGCCGCUCCAGAGUCCUCCGAUGAUCGUGGCUCUGAUGACCGGCGUGACGGUGACGUUCGUUGUUGGCUAUUCGUGGGUCGACGAGCAUAUCUACCAGACCGCCAACCAGGGCAGCGGGGCCGAGCUGGCCUGGCGGAGAGCUUUGCUGGUCAUCAUUGGCUUUACCGCUGCUUUCAUUGUCAUGCUCUUCCCUCGUCCCACUUCCGCUCGACUGAUCGUCCGCCGCUCAAUCGCUCGCAAUAUUGCCGAUAUAUCCGACCUCUAUGCGGCCAUUAUCAGCGGUGUGGAACAGGAAAGCGAAUGGGACGACAACAAGCACAAGGAUGGGGAGUUGGAGAAGGCUAAGACCGAACGAAUGGCGCAGCACACUGAGCGCUUCGUGAAGAUCAUGGAACGGCUGAGCACCCUCAGCACCCAGGUCAAAUUCGCCAGCGUUGAGCCUGGUCUCAAAGGACCAUGGCCGAAAGCGGCCUACGAAGAGCUCCACUCGCUCGAGAUCCAGCUCAUCUCCUCUCUCGCCGUUCUCGCCGGAAGCUUCAAUCGGUUAGACCAUAACUGGGCAAAACGCCUAGCUGAGCGAAGCGACAUUAUGCGGCCUGCCUUUAUUGCCGAUAUCCUAUCCCUCUUUGCGCUCCUGCAUCAAUCUUUGCAUAAUGGCCAGCCGUUACCGCCCAUGAUGCCUAUAUUCGAGAGACUAGGGUAUCACUCCCUUCAUCAAGCCGCGGGGUCUCGAGAUGGAGCAUGGCGGCAUGCGCUCCGUUCAGCCCGGUCGACAGAGGGUACGGCUACGCCGCCUAAUGGGAAAGACGGGUCUGACGAUACGCGGGCUGGCGAGACCGAAGAGGAGGCGGCCGAGAAGAGUCGAGUGGACCAGGAGGAAGAGCGCGUGGUGAAGGAUCUGUCGAAGGAGAUGACUCUUGAUAUGGCCAAGGACGAGCAAUUCGCCAUUUACGCAACGGCCAACGUCGCGCUCAUCCACCUCACGUCCCGCCUGAACGAGAUGCACCGGGUUAUCAUUGGACUAGUAGGGGAGCGCGAGCUCGAGGCGUUCGAUCGUACACAGGAAAGAUGGGCAAGAAGGGAGAUGGAGGGGACUACCGUGUAG